AUUUGUCACCAGCUUUUAUUCUGAUAUUAACGUUGUGCCAACAAAAAGGCGUGUUCCUUAGAUUGACUUUAAAUUUCUAAUGUAAACACGAGUAUCGAAAGGGUCAAAGAAGUUAAACUGCCUUCCCAGGUUAGAUGGACUCGGUACAGCUUAGAAUGACAUCUUCUUUACACGGGAAACCUGCGAUACCACCGGGUCUGGGGAGCAAACCAUUAUAGUCGAGAUAUUACAGAAAUUAUAAGUUUGGGAUGCCAAGGACUGUAUUGUUUUGGAAUGAGUCCACUGCAACAAUAUUAAGGAUCUUCAUCAUCGCUGUUUUGAACCAAAUAUUUAUUUUUCUUUUUUUUACCAUAUUUAUUUAAAAAUGCCAACGAAAAGAAGUUCUGACUGCUCAAAUGGCGAGGACGCUUUCCAUCACCUGCAACCGCCCCCGAAGAUCCACUGUAGAACAGAAGAGGAGCCCUAUUUGACUCUCCUGGGCGAUGAAAAGGAGCCCAGUCGAGAUUUAGCAACUAGUUCCGUUUCGAAGUUUGAAGAGGAAGACGAGGAUUUAGGGAUUAAGUCAGAAAUCGAUGACUGCAAUGAAACGCCUUCUUCUGAAGAGGAUCUCGAGUCGGCAGAAAGCAGAAAGAAUCUGGUUUUCAAACGGUCCAUUCAGAAGAAAAGUAUUACUCAGAUUAUCAAAGACAAGAAAAAACAGACACAGCUGACUUUACAGUGGCUUGAAGAAAACUAUAUCGUAUGUGAAGGAGUGUGUUUGCCAAGAUGUAUCUUGUAUGCUCAUUACUUAGAUUUCUGCAGGAAAGAAAAACUAGACCCUGCUUGCGCCGCGACAUUUGGGAAGACUAUUCGACAAAAAUUUCCUCUUCUUACUACAAGGAGACUUGGGACUAGAGGCCACUCAAAAUAUCAUUAUUACGGAAUUGGGAUUAAAGAAAGCAGUGCAUACUACCACUCCGUGUACUCAGGAAAAGGUUUGACGAGAUUUUCUGGAAGCAAGCUAAAGAAUGAGGGAGGGUUCACCCGCAAGUAUUCCCUCAGCUCAAAGACAGGGACUCUACUCCCUGAAUUUCCAAGUGCUCAACAUCUGCUGCUUCAAGGGUCCAUUUCUAAAGAAAAGGUUGACACGCUUAUCAUGAUGUACAAAACCCACUGCCAGUGCAUCUUGGACAAUGCAAUAAAUGGCAACUUUGAAGAGAUACAGAAUUUCUUGCUUCAUUUCUGGCAGGGAAUGCCAGAUCACCUCUUACCUCUAUUGGAUAAUCCCAUUAUUGUUGACAUUUUUUGUGUCUGUGACUCAAUACUGUAUAAAGUAUUGACAGAUGUCCUAAUUCCUGCUACAAUGCAGGAGAUGCCAGAAAGCCUGCUCGCUGAAAUCAGGAAUUUCGCAAAACACUGGGAACACUGGAUGGUCUCAUCUUUUGAAAAUCUUCCAGAGACCCUCCCUGAGAAAAAGCUGCCUAUCGCACGCAGAUUUGUGUCCUCCUUAAAACGCCAGACAUCAUUUUUGCAUCUCGCACAGAUUGCCAGACCAGCUUUGUUUGACCAGAAUAUUGUGAACUCAAUGGUGUGUGACAUAGAAAAGGUGGAUUUAAACAGCAUUGGUUCACAAGCCUUUCUCACUGUGUCCAGCAGCAGUGACCAAGACUCAGACCUGUACUCAGAAUAUGACUCUAUUACAGUGUUUCAAGAGCUGAAGGAACUUCUUAAGAAAAAUGCGACUGUGGAAUCGUUCAUUGAAUGGCUGGACACUGUGGUGGAACACAGAGUUAUCAAGCCAAGUAAACAAAACGGACGAUCUUUAAAAAAGAGAGCUCAAGAUUUCCUUUUAAAAUGGAGCUUUUUUGGGGCAAGAGUGAUGCACAACCUCACCUUGAAUAAUGCAACAAGUUUUGGUUCAUUUCACUUGAUCCGAAUGCUGUUGGAUGAGUAUAUCCUAUUGGCUAUUGAAACACAGUUCAACAAUGACAAAGAACAAGAGCUCCAGAAUCUGCUAGAGAAGUAUAUGAGAAAUGCCGAUGCCAGCAAAGCAGCAUUCACAGCAUCUCCAAGCUCCUGCUUUUUAGCCAACCGUAAUAAAUCCAGCUCCGUUUCCAACGACUCUGUUAAAAGUGAAUCGCUGUCAGAACACACGUACCUGGCUCUCACAGCCAGCCAGCACAGCAUGAGCGCAAACAUGGCCGUCUUCCCUAGUGGAGAAUCAGACAGCCUGCAAAUCCCAGGACAAAUGGAUCUUUCCCAGAGCAGCGGCCCACUAAUGACUCCCCCCAUCUCUCCAGCGCUGGUGAACAGAGGGAGUGUGAUAAAUCAGGGUCCCAUGGCAGGGAGAGCCCAGGGUGGCUGUACAACCUUACAGGCUCACAGCAGCUGCCCCUCGUUCUCUGAUCCAAUGUACCAGAACAAUCCCAACUACUAUGCGCAGGGCUCCGACUACCAGGCCUUGUUCCGGUCUCAGGCGCAGGCCCCUCCAGUGGUGUAUCCCCACCGCGUGGACAGCAGUCGUUACCCGUCUUUCAGUGAACAGCAGCUGUCCAAGGACUAUUUCAGCAGCAGCUGUGCUGUUUCACCUUACAACUCCAGGACCACAUCAAGUUUUGGCUCCCCGCCAGAUAGCAGUGCAGAGGCACAGAGCCUCCAGCUUGUUAACUCGGGGAACUACAGUUUUAUUGGAAACUCGCUGAGUGGAAGCUGUCAGGGAACAUCCUAUCCAGCUGCUGGACCAAAUGGUUACUAUGGAAAUGGCAGUUAUGACACUCAGAGGAUCGGCACCAUGAGAGACCAACAUGUUUCUGUUAUUAGCAGCGUAAGCAGUAUACGGUCAGUCCCAGCAUACAAUGAUGUCCAUGAUCCUCUCAACAUCUUAGAUGACACUGGCAGGAAGUCAACAAGCACUUUUUACACAGACUCCUCAGGAUUAGUUUGCCGAGCUCCUUUAGGUUCAAAUAUACCAAGUGCAAUUCCUUCCUCUGGUUCCUCCCAAUGCAUGUAUGGAACAUCUGGCCAGUAUCCCUCCCAGGAUAUAAUGGCCUCUCAGAGGCAAUCUUCUGAAGUCAGGGAAAUGGUGCCGUCUCUUCCUCCCAUCAAUACAGUCUUCAUGGGUACUGCAAGUGGGGGAUCCUGACCCAUCCAGGGAAACUGAACUAACCCCGCUUGGUUCAGGACUUUGCUGCUGAUGGCACACUGGGAGUGAAACAUCUUAGGAAUCACGGCUAACAAGCAGCAUUUGAAUCUUCGGAUGGAGAACUAAAGCAGCAGUUACUGAAAGCACAGAGAGCCCGAGAAACAAGGGGUGUUGUUGUCGUGCUCUCUGCUCUGACAGGAUGUUUCCACCAGCAGGGAAAUCCCACUGAGUGAAGUGGUGACAUACAUACUGUAAGCCAGUACUGAAGCAAAAUGCCCUGAUCUCUGGCCUGGAGAACCCAACCUAUGCUGAUGGUCUUUACAUGUUCAACCUUUCUUAAACCUCCAAUAAAGUACUGCAAUAAGCCACUUAAGUUAACAACUUAACUAAUGUGUUCUUAAUGUUAAUUUUGGUCAUUUAAAUUAUUACAUCUAAGCCUGUUUGUACUCGGUGGCUUGUCUUUAUCAAUCAAUACUGCAGCGCUUGAAAGGAUAGUGCUCAAAAGUGCCUCCCUCUCCUCUUCUUCAACCAGUGUUACUAAAAAAUGUAUUAAAAAAUUCUAAAUAUACAUUUCUAAAUUAAUUGCUGUUGCUGACUGCAUGAAAGUGUGGCUUUUGGGCAUAAUGAACUGAGCUGUCAUAAUGAUUGUACUGUU